AUGCCUGGGAAAACGCCCACAGAUGCAACUGUCAUCCCUAGUGCCAAAAGGGAACGGAAAGUGAUUACCCUUGACCUCAAAUUGGAAGUGUUACGCCGAUUUGAAGCGGGUGAGAAGCUCAGUCAGAUCGCAAAGGCCUUAGGUCUUGCUGUCUCCACAGUGGCGACCAUCUGAGAUAGUAAAGAAAAAAAAUCGAGUUCUCAAAUAGCUACUCCUUUGAGAGCCUCACGGUUGACUCGCCAGCGAAGUGCAGUGAUGGAGAGUAUGGAGCGGCUGCUGAGCUUGUGGCUGGAAGACUAGAGGCAGCGAAAUGCGCCCUUGAACGCCGCCAUCGUUCAGAAGGCUAAGUUUGAUGACUUGCAGCGUGAACAUGGCGAAAGCUCUCAAGCGGAGAGGCUUCAUGUGAGUAAAGGGUCAGGGUGGCUUGUGAGAGUCAAGGAGCGCCACUGUUUGCCCCACUUCAGGUAAGCUCCCAGCAACAAGAACAUGUACACAGAUAACAUUGCACAGCUUAAAAAAACCAUUGUGACCCUUGCCAGAAAUGUGGCCUUUGAGGAGGUUGCUGAGGCUGCUGUGGACCAGUUGCUGCAGUCCCAUGAAGAUCUCCCAAAUGAGGAACUAAUGCAGCUGAAACAGGAGCCGGCAGUGGGGCAGGAGGAGAGGGAAGAUGAUCCCUGGGCAGUGCGGCAGUUAACCACAGGAAGACUGUCGGCAGUCCUCUCGCAUUUGGAGGCUGGCUUGCAGGUCCUUGCUAGUAACAGCCCUAAUGAUGAAAGAGUUUCCAGAGCUAUCAGUGAUGCAAUAAACUGUUACCAGAAGCUGUACAAUGAGAAAAAGCACUGUUCAAAACAACUCUCUUAG